GUUGUUCGUUGUCGGUCGAACUACUCUACAAACUGACAUGCUGGACAUGCAUCUUGUCGCGUGAGUUGCAGGAUUCCCUUCUCCAGAAUACAAAUGUCAAGCCCGGAGCAGUUCUACGAGCAGCUCCAGCAGAUCUUCUCAAACAGGAACAAUCAGAUCCUGGAGUUUGAAAUCAUCCCACCGGCAUUUGGCUCGCUCCUUCAGGAUGGCAACAGCAUAGGUAUUGGCAAGAAACCCUUGGCGCAGGCUUUUAUCAUUGCCAGGCAGAAAUUCUUCCGCGGUGGGAGCCUCGCAGGGGAUGCUGGCACGGAAGUCGGCUCAGCUGAGGCUGAAUCCGGUGUUCGAAAUGGAGCCUUAGGAGACAGGUUCAGUGAUGAUCGUGCUAUCGCCACGGAAGUCAUGCUUCUUUUUGACUGUGAAUAUCUGACAGCAUGCAACUGGAGGAAAAGACGUUUGACGGCCUUGAUUGAGAGCGAAAGUUCUAUGAGUGUGCCGCAGGAAGAGCGUGAUAGACGCCUUAUCGAGCUCCUCCAAACAGAACGUACGCUCAUGGCGACUUAUCUUUGCUCACGGUUACACCGGCACACAAAGUCCCCGACCUUGUGGCAUCAUCGAUUCUGGGUUUUGAACCAAUUGAUCAAAAUCCAAUACGGUAACUGCACGGGGAAUGCUACGAUUCCCGAAGCAAUGCGCUGUCUGCUGGAAGACGAGCUUAAUGUUGUGCUUCGUGCCGCUGAGCUGCACCCUAGGAACUACUAUGCCUUUAGUUAUAUGCGCCAGCUACAUGCUAUCUUAUCUCGCCAUCUGGACAAGGUUGGAAGUCUGGUCGGAGAUGAUCCCACUGGCGGUUCGUCGGCGCUGGCACGAUGGAUGAUCGAUCAGUGCCAGAGAUGGUGUCUGGCUGAACCGCAGGACAUCUCCGGAUGGAGUUUUCUCCUCUAUCUUUUGGAUGCUGCUUCCUCCGAGGACGCGCAGAGGAACACAGUCAGCAGGGUCCUUCAAUUCGCGUUACAUGUUGGUUGGGAGGGGGAAAGUCUCUGGACCUUUAUCGAUCUGGCGGCCAGGAAGUUUCCAGUUCUAGAGACGCUGCAGUCGUUCGGCUUGCUUGAAAGCGAUAUUGGCAAUGGCAAACCAUCUCGAAAAGGCGCACCAAUCGCAACUUCGUUAUUGCCGAAAGGCUGGAGAGCCUGGUCCACAAGGGCAAAGUCUCUAUGGAGCAGUCACCAAGUCCGGGGAGAUGCAUAAGCAACAAGCAGGCGUGCAAAGAACUAGUCCGCCCUGCUGAGACGUUUGUUGGUAGUAGCCGCUACAUCUAUCUAUAUUAUCCCGGAAACAAGUGUUACGAUACGUACGGCCCACAGAAAGGCCAGAAUCUACGGGUCUCAAGAAGAUGAGUCGAUCUUUGGAAUCCCGGGUAUGGAAGUGUGGUGCAACACCGUCUGGGAAGAACGCUCUAUGAUGCUGAUGGACGCCUCGCUAACAACCAAAAAGCAAAUGAAUCCGACGCUUUGGGGCCAGACCCUGAAGCCACAUGUGCAUCGUAAUUCUUAAAUGGGUAUAUCCUUA